GUGCACGUAUGAUCUGCUGCUAAUAUUUCAUACCAGGUCUGCUCGUCAUCGGAAUGAGUCUCUCCUCAUAAGGCAUGGGUCAUGGUAACUUACAGGAUAAACUUCAUUCCUGAAACGAGGAAGUAUUUCCUUUUCUUUCCCCCUCCUAAAAUUGUCGAUACAUUUUCAGUUAUCAAAGGCGAAAAAUAAGUGGAUUCAGUUCAGUUUUAUUUAUACCGUAAUUAGCUUUUAACAAUAGAUUUGUGUUUAAAAUAAACUGCUUUUGAGAGAAUAGUAGCUUUUAGCAUUACCGGAGGACAAGUAAAUCCGAGUUAUAUAUUAAUAAUGUUAAUUGUAAAGUAUGUUGUGGAAAUUAUAAUGUAUGUGUAUAAAUUACAUAUAAUAGUAGUAAGGCGACUCUUUCCUGUUCGCACACACCUCAACCUAACUUCUCUAUUCAUCUGUUGAGAAGCCUCGGGGGUUGUCCGCCCCUUUGCUUGGUGAUUGACAUAAACAUUCCCCAAUCAUGUCCUAAAGAGUCUUCAAACCGACCAAUGGCGUGUCGCUGUAGGCCCGAACCCGGCCCAGCAUGCUAGAGCGUGUCGGUGUUAUGUGUGCCAUGGACUCAGCCCAGUGGUAUUGACAAUAGUGAGGAAAAAGGGCAGAUUUUUCCUAAUAAAUAAUAUUUUCUUGAAAAAAUACCAUAUAAUCUUAGCGUGUGGAUAUAAAGAAACAUCCGGGGAUGAUUAUAUUUCAGCUGGAUAUUUUUCUAUCGUCAGAAAUUUGAGUGUUUGAUGGGAUUAUUGCUGUGGGUUUGGCAGUUUUUAAGGCCAAAACAGAUUUUGUGUCUUUCUUUUUCUUUUCCUGCUGCUUCGAGAGGCUUUGAAGGAGGGAAGACGGUUAGAAACACUCAAACCAGGUCCUCACAUCGAAAACAUCAAGGGCUAUGUCCUCCGCAGCCACCACUCCUCCAUCAGUGGAUAAAGUAGACGGAUUUUCCCGGAAGUCUGUCCGGAAGGCCAAGCAGAAGCGUUCUCAGAGUUCCUCACAGUUCCGCUCUCAGGGCAAACCAAUCGAGCUCACACCUCUUCCCCUGCUCAAAGACGUCUCUGCUCAGGAGCAGCCGGAGUUGUUCCUGAAGAAGCUUCAGCAGUGUUGUGCUGUUUUUGAUUUCAUGGACACUCUGUCAGACCUGAAGAUGAAAGAAUACAAACGCUCGACCCUCAAUGAGCUGGUGGAUUAUGUCACGGUCAGCAGAGGUUAUCUCACGGAACAGGCCUACCCGGAGGUCGUGAAAAUGGUGUCCUAUAAUAUAUUCCGAACUCUUCCUCCCAGUGACAGUAAUGAGUUUGACCCAGAGGAGGAUGAACCGACUCUAGAAGCCUCGUGGCCACAUUUACAGCUGGUGUACGAGUUCUUCAUUCGUUUUUUGGAGAGUCAGGAGUUUCAACCCAGCAUUGCAAAAAAGUACAUAGAUCAGAAAUUUGUCUUACAGCUGCUGGAGCUGUUUGACAGCGAGGACCCACGGGAGAGAGAUUACCUGAAGACAGUCUUACACAGAAUCUACGGCAAAUUCCUGGGCCUGAGAGCUUUUAUACGAAAACAGAUUAAUAAUAUUUUUCUACGUUUUGUUUUUGAAACUGAGCACUUCAAUGGGGUUGCAGAAUUGUUGGAGAUUUUGGGCAGCAUCAUCAAUGGCUUCGCUCUACCACUGAAGGCUGAACACAAACAGUUUCUGGUGAAAGUUUUGAUUCCUCUUCACACCGUCAGGAGCCUCUCACUCUUCCACGCACAGCUGGCCUAUUGUAUUGUACAGUUCCUAGAGAAAGAUCCAGCAUUAACAGAACCGGUCAUCAGAGGUCUGCUGAAAUUCUGGCCUAAAACCUGCAGUCAGAAAGAGGUCAUGUUCCUGGGAGAGCUGGAGGAGAUUUUGGAUGUGAUUGAGCCCACACAGUUUGUGAAGAUCCAGGAGCACCUCUUCAAACAGAUCUCCAAGUGUGUCUCAAGCCCACAUUUUCAGGUGGCUGAGAGAGCUCUGUACUACUGGAACAAUGAGUACAUUAUGAGUCUGAUUGAGGAAAACUCCAACGUGAUUCUUCCCAUAAUGUUCGCAAGCCUCUACCGGAUCUCAAAAGAGCACUGGAACCCGGCCAUAGUAGCUUUAGUCUAUAAUGUUCUGAAAGCCUUCAUGGAAAUGAACAGCACUUUGUUUGAUGAACUCACAUCCACUUACAAAUCAGAUCGUCAGAGGGAGAAGAAGAAAGAGAAGGAGAGAGAGGAGUUGUGGAAGAGGCUUGAGGACCUGGAGUUGAAGAGAAGCUUCCAGAGCGACGGAAUUAUUCCCACUUAACGACGCGCCUCCUCCUGAACGCUUUCCCAACGCCUCCACCACACGCUCGGAACGUUGGCCUUUAUUUUCCUUUCUGUAUUUGUGCGACUUACUUUACUGUAGAUUCACCUCGUCAGUCUCAUUAUUUCAAAAGCACUGUAAAUAACUUUUAUUUUAUCUCCUUUAUUUCCCCCGUUAAAAUAUUAUGCCGUAAUAAGAACGUGACUAGAAAACAAAGUAAAAAAAAGAAAACGAGCAAAAAAAGGAAAACCACACUGGAGGGGGAAGGACUUUAAACGGACAGUAGGACUGAAUCGAACCACUACUGUGGAGAAAUGAACGAAUGAAUGAAAUCAACAACCAAACGGAGAAUCUCAGCCCGCCGAUCUGACAUACCUCACCCAUCCUUACAGAACAACACCAGCCCAAUUCUCUCGCUCUCUCUUUUCACGCCCCCUCUCUUAUACCUCCCUUUCUUGCAACAUGGAUGUCCUGUAUUGAAACAAGAAUGUUCUUGACCUUUGACCCCAGUGCAACGGAUCAUCUGUUAAGAUCUGGAUAAAUGCAGCAGGUCUGGAUUGCAGACUUCUCAAUAGGGACACUACGCAGUUACCUGCAGAGAAGAGGAAGGGGACACAGAACCAUGAUUACACACCAGCUCUGACACGCCCAUGCGUUCUUCCCUUUUCAUUCUUUUUCUGUCCAAGGUGCCGCCUAGUUCACGCAUUUGGACUCUAGCGCCAGUCCGGUACUGGUACCAGUGACGCAUACACACACACACACAUCAGAGGAGGUAUCCAGAAUUCCAGCGCCAAGCCGGAGAUGCUUGUCACGAGAAAUGGAACUGCACGUUCACACGCACAUUCUGCCUCGGAGUGUGCGAGGGAGUUUCUUACAGUGUUAAGUACCUGUAAUGCUGUAUCUGAAUGCAGUACUUUGAUACUCUGUAUCUAGUAGAACCUAUAGCGUAUUUUUCUUUAGGAGAAUCCAGUAUAUAACGAGGAAAGAUUGAACACAGCCUCUUGGGAUUUAGUUUUCUUUCUUUCUCGGGUUUCACUUCUAAUUUGUUUCGGGUUUAUUUUUUGUCUGGAAUUGGAUUUGUUUUGACCAAGUGGAAUUUGUUCUCUCUUCCUUUUUUACUUAGUUGCUGAUUGGGGGGAUGGGGGGGGGAGUGAGAGGGGAAUUCUGGGAUUGUGGAGGACUGAUGCUGUGGUGAGCUUUGUCAGAAUGAAACUGUGCUUAAGAUCCCAGACAUCAACAGUUACAAAAGUAAAAAAAGGGUCGGAGAAAUACAAAUGUUUAAUUAUUUUAAAAAAUAAAGAGAUAUUAAAUUAAACCUGUUUUGUGAUAAAGAUGAAAUUCACUUUGUGCUUUAUUUUUUGUGUACGUGAGUGGGUGACUUCAUAAGGGUUGGUUCAAUAAACGCCAAAUUUGUCCGAUCAGUUUGUUUAAAGGGAUAGUUCAUGCAAAAACUAAUAUUUGUUCUAAACCUGUUCUAAAAUUUCUUUAUUCUGCUAAAAACAAAGGAAGAUAUUUGGUAGAAUGCUUGUAACCAAACAAAUCUCAUCCCCCAUUCACUCCCAUAGUAUUUGUUUUCCCUAGAUGACCGAAUGUUCAUUUUUGGGUGAACUAUCCCUUUAAAGUGGCAGACACGAAUGUGAACAGUUUACUCACCCUCAUGUCAUUCUAAAAGGUGAAUUAUUAAAUAUCCUGUCCAUUAUUUUUCCAUUUAAUGAAAGUCAAUGAGAACGGAAUGUGAAGGUUCUAGAAAAAAACACCCUCAUGAAUGAAUCAAAAUCAUUGUUCAUUAAUUGGAAAAACUUUACAUUAAUGAACUGUCAUGAAUUCAUGAAUGAAUCUUUGUUUAAAUGCUUUCGGUUCUCUCUAGAGCCCUUUAGUCAGCAGUACCAAAUGUUACCAGCAAAGGGCAGCAAAGCUUAAAAUUGAAACCUUACAGGUGAAUUUAAUUUUACUGUCUAAAAUAGUUGCUUUUAUGAACCUUGGGUGUAUUAUCUACUAUGAACCUUGGGUGUAUUAUCUACUAUGAACCUUGGGUGUAUUAUCUACUAUGUGCAUGUAGUCUUUUAAUGCAGGUCACUUGGUUUGAGGAUUUGGCAGGAUUUUCCUGAGCGGGGUUAAAAGAAUCAAGGCUGUGCUGAAAUUGUCAGGCAUAUAUGUUCAGUAGAUUGUGAAAAAAAAGAUUGUCCUGCGUCCUGUGACAGCUGGGUCAAAUGUAUAUGAAACAGUAUGGCCUACUCAUAAAUGGAAUAGGUCAUUAACCUAGUAAUCCAUUAUUAAUUCAAGUUUAAUUUUUUAUAGUGAGUGUUUGGAUCAUUAGCAAACCAUUAAAGUGGUUCACCCAAGAACACAUGU